AUGGUGGCCUCCAAUUUCGCGCUACAGGCUCGGCCGAUCAAGGUGCUGAUUGCGGGUGGCUCCUAUGCUGGUUUGGGAACGGCUUUGAAUCUGCUGGAUCUAUGUUCCGGUCGAUUUCCACGGUUCGAGUACAAUGUGGAGGGCGAACCUGAUCCUCGGAAAAUUGGUGUCGAAAUCACGAUUGUUGACGAACGUGACGGAUACUACCAUUUGAUCUCUUCUCCAUUAGUCCUUGCAUCCAGUGACUUUGCGAAAAAGGCUUGGCGAAGGUUCGAUGAGAUUCCGGCAUUGAAAAACAUCAAGACAAUCCAAGGCAGUGUUCAGAGAAUUGAGAGCAAGCUCCAGAAGGCGACUAUCAUAGAAGCCAACAGUAAAUUACCAACAGAAGUCCCAUACGACUUUUUCGUUGGUGCUUCUGGAUUGCGGAGAGCCUGGCCUGUUGUACCGCAGAGCUUGACCAAAGCUGAUUAUAUUGGGGAAACUUUGAGCCAUAUCAAGUCGGUUGAAGCGGCAGCGAAUGGAGUCGUCGUUGUCGGUGGUGGGGCCGUUGGCAUCGAGAUGGCCGCUGAAAUAAAAUUGGUGAUGCCAACACAGCGAGUGACGCUGAUCCAUUCUCGAGAGAACCUACUAUCCUCAGAACCGUUGCCAAAUGAUUUCAAAGAGAGAUCUCGCCUCGCCCUCGAGGAAACUGGUGUUGAGUUGAUCUUGGGAGAAAGGGUCCUGGAGACUCUCAACUUGACGAAUGAAGAUGGCUCCCAAUAUUCGGAACUUAUUUUGAGCAGCGGGGCACAUAUAACCUGCGGAUGCGUUAUUCAUGCCAUGUCAAAGAGUGUCCCUUCGACUGCAUACAUGCCGCAGGCAUCGUUAGAUGACCAGCAAUAUGUUCAAGUGACACCUUCGUAA